AGGGGCUUUACCCGGAUCUACCGCAGCAGACAUUGCUGCGGCUGCGGCUCCUCCCUGCGCAUUUAUCGCCUUAUAACAGAAUCUCUCACUGGCGCGAAAAACGCACUGUGGGGCUCUCUAUUGUAAGGCGGGCGGGUCUGGUGUUUGUUGUCAGAGCCCCGGUGUUGUUUUCUCUCCUUCUGAUUUAAACUCGUGUCUCUUUAACAGUGAAUUGUCACAGAUUUGCAGACAGCGUCGUUUCCUGCUGCUUUACAAUCGAUGGUGUCAGCUUCUUGUGAGUUCAUCCGCUGAAAAAGGCGGAUUUUAAUGUGCUGAAUUGCGCGUUUGGAUCCUGCCUGCAGAGAUCCGGAUCUCCUUCAUUUCUGGGAUUAGCGCGGAUUUUAUCAGCCUGAACAUGGAAUUUGAUUAUUUCCAGUCUUAUUUUUUCCACGAUUUCGACACCGAGGAGGAUUUUUACCAGUCCACUGCGCCCAGUGAGGAUAUCUGGAAAAAGUUCGAGCUGUUGCCCACCCCUCCCAUGUCCCCCCACCGGACUCUGAGCAACGAGGCCCUGCACCUCUCUCCGGGGGAUAAGCUCAGCUGGGUGUCCAAGGUGCUGGGGCAGGACGAGGACUGCGAGGGUCCGUUCACGUCCGACCCCACGGGGCUUUUCGAUAACCUCAGCGCCCACAUCAUCCAGGACUGCAUGUGGAGUAGUUUCGGGAAAGUGUCGGAAGUUGCGGCGCAGACCCCGGCGCCCCAGCAGAUCUCAGUCCGGGCCACCAAGGCGCAGUGCGCCUCUACGGGUGGUCUCCUCUCCGCGGCUACAGACUGCGUCGACCCCGCCGCCGUCCUCACCUUCCCCUCCAACAGCUGCAGGAAGCCGGCGUCGUCUGGCUCAGAGUCUCGCUCCGAUUCUUCUGAUGAUGAGGAAGAAAUCGAUGUGGUCACUGUGGAGAGCAAGCAGAACCGAGUGCGGCUGAUGAGUGGGAGGAAACCGGUCACCAUCAGGGUCCGUGCAGACCCCUGCCCUAAACGCUUCCAUGUGUCUGUCCACCGGCAGCAGCACAACUAUGCAGCUCGCUCACCGGACAGCGACCCAGAAGGGGAUGAGGAAGAUGAUGAUGACUAUGAAGAGGAGCCUCUGAGCAAGCGUGCCUGCACAGCAUCCCAUCAGCUGCCGCCCUCCCCUUCGGAUACGCCCCUAAACUCAGAUGCAGAGGACACUGACCGCAGGCGAAACCAUAACUUCCUGGAGAGGAAGAGGAGGAACGACCUCAGAUCCCGCUUCACUGCUCUGCGGGAUCAGAUCCCCUGCCUAGAGUCAGCCAAGGCUCCCAAGGUGGCCAUCCUGACCCAGGCGACAGACUACCUGGAGGAGCUGCAUCUCAGCGAGAGAAGGCACCUUCAGGAGAAAAAGCGCCUCAGAUCCAGGCAGCAGCAGCUUCUCCGCAAAUUAUCUGAACUGAAACGCUCCUGAGACUCAAUAAUAACUGCCUCAUUAAGAGCAGAUAACUUUUACCCUCAAAAAACAAUUACUUGUCACUUUCAAUAAAAGCUAUUCUUUCAUAAGCGCAACUUGUCUCAUGUAAAUAGCUGUGAAUUAUGUUCUGAAUUAAAUUGUAUGGCUGUGGGCUUCCUGUCAAAUCCACUGCCAAGUCCUGUGAACCUGUUAUUGAAAGAAGCAGUUUGAUACAAUAUGCUAUUUGUUUUUUAUUUGCACAGUUGUGAACAUUGGGUCAUAAUUGUCUUUUAUUGCUAAAGCAAAGAUAUUUCCAGGUAUUCUGUGAUGAGAAAUUGUUUAUAUUUUAUAAACAUUUAAAGCAGUCAGGAUGAGUAAAAAAUCUUUGUUUUCAUGUUUUCAUUUCAUUGAACAUUGAAUAUAUGUGUGAAUGCCUUUCUGUCAGCAAGCGCAAAUGAAUAAUGACUUGAUGUACAAAUCAUUUUGUAAAUAAUAGCAUAUUUCUCCGAGUGCAGGAGAAAAAGCCAGGGUUUGUCUUACAACUUUGCUCCUCUGUGGCACCAGACUUCUAUUUUUUGUUAAGAAAGUAGGAAAAAUGACAAAAAAGGAAAAAGUAGCACCGCUGUACUUUAUAUUCACAUGUCACUUUGUGAUUUCCAUGCUUCUCUGAUUGCUGUUGUUUUUUUAAAAGUAUGAUAACCACAAAGCAUCAUUAAAUUUUUAUACUAUAUUUGCAUACAAA